AAUGCUCUUUGUCCAAAAAAAAAUUAUAAGUAAUGCUCUUCUUCCAUAUAAUAAAUUUGUUAUCGUAGGUGGAAUGUAAUUUCUGCUGACUCAUAUUUAGACACUUUUUGGUAUUUAAAUAACAACAACGCAAGUGCUUUUAAUUUCACAGGUACCUCCGAACAAUGGCAAUCUUCUCUCCCACUCAAGCGCAUCAAGUGUUUUUGAACUACAGGGGAGAGCAACUGCGUUACAGCUUCGUGAGCCACCUCGUCGAUGCUUUUGAAAGGAAUGAGAUCAGCUUCUUCGUAGACAAAUACGAACAGAGAGGCAAAGACCUUCAAAAUCUCUUUCUUCGAAUCCAAGUGUCGAGGAUCGCGCUUGCCAUCUUCUCUACCAGAUACACCGAGUCGAGCUGGUGUCUGGAUGAGUUGGUGAAGAUGAAGAAACUAUCCGAUAAAAGAAACCUCCAAAUCAUUCCAAUCUUCUACAAGGUAAAGGCAGAGGAGGUUAGAAAUCAGACAGGUGACUUUGGUGACAACUUCUGGACGCUCGCGAAGGUUUCAAGUGGAGAUCAGAUCAAGAAAUGGAAGGAAGCCUUGGAGUGUAUCUCUGACAAGAUGGGUUUAUCAUUGGGAGACCAGAGCUCUGAAGCCGAUUUUGUCAAGGAUGUUGUUACGGCAGUUCAGAGUGUUGUAGCAGCAACUGGACUUGAGGAAGAAGAGAAACAUUUUGGGAAAAAGAAGAGGAAAGAUUGCAAAUUUGAGCUUCCUGGUUUCAAGAGAAGCAGAACCAAAUAAUUAUGACGUUAGACAAUGUUAAGCAGAACCAAAAGUUGUGUUUUUAAUUUAUUUAUUGAAGGGUAGUUUAAU